AUGUACAAGUCCAAACGCAAUUCCACUGGAAAAUUUCAUUACUAUAAGAAAGGCGAAUAUGUCAGGCGCUAUUCCGACAGCUAUUAUAUACAACGAGUGGAUAAUCUUAACUAUGACAGCUUAUUAAAAUUAAAGGCUUUGCGUGAAAAUAAGGACUGGAAUAUCAAAGAUGAAAAAUUUUUCAGUGAAAUUUAUUCUAUAAUCAACAACUGGAAGGGCCAACACCCAAAAGAUCUACAGCUUUUUUUGCAGCCCGAAGAGAUCGAGUGGCUUCUCAUGGAGUCUAUGAAGUCCGACGACAACGAGACAACAACAGAGAGACUCAUCGAUUUUUUGAUCGAAGCCAACUACACUGACAAGCUCGACGUUAGAGAUGAUGAUGGCCAGCCAUCGAAAAAACGCGUCACACCGGUGCAUGUCGCAGCUGCAUACAUGGAUGAAUCAAAGGCUAAAAAUCGCGUGAUGGGCAAGCUUUUUAAAAUAUACGACAGAUUUCACGUAGAUUACGCCGACGUAGAUGGAUUGACACAUUUUCAUCUGGCCUGCAAAUAUGGCUGUCUCGAGGCAGUCGAGAAAUACCUCGAACUCAAGCGGAAUCCCAAUUGCAUCUCGCCGAUAACAGGUGACACGCCGCUGCACUUCGCUCUGCACUACGGCCACAGGAUGAUUGCCGACUUAUUGCUGAGAAAUGGCGCAAAGCCAAAUUUAAGCAAUUAUUUUGGAGACACUCCUCUCCACAUUAUUUUCAAGAAAGGCUACGACGCUGGAUUCGUGCAGCAAUUCUUCAAGAUCAACGCCGAGCUCCAGCAGGUGGUGAAGAUCAACGCUCGGGACAAGUCGGGCAACACCCCGCUACACUUGGCCGUGGGCGAAGGACGCAUCACGGUGACCGACUCGCUGCUGAGAAGAAACGCGAAUCUGAAUGCCGCCAAUAACGCGGGAUCGACGCCUCUGCACAUUCUUUGCAACUUCGACGACGACGACGUUUACUUGAUUAAAAGAUUCUUUUGCAUCUGCGACGAGAUGGAAAAGACGGUGCAGAUCGACGAGUCCGACAACGAGUGUAACACAGCGUUGCACCUGGUUCUGAGCAAAGACAGAAAGGCGAAGGCUGAAUUGCUGCUGAGAAGCGGAGCCAAUCCAACGUUGGCCAAUGUGGACGGAUGGACUCCUCUGCACUUCAUUUGCAAUGGAAAACUUGACGUGAAAUUUUUGGCGUUAUUUUUCGAGAUUAACAAAAAUCAACCUCAAAAAGUGCAGCUCGACGCCCAGAACAAGUCGGGUGACACGCCGUUGCACUUGGCUCUGGAGAACGGCAAAAAGGAGGAAGCUGAAUGGUUGCUGAGAAAAGGCGCCAAUCCGUGUUUAGCUAACAACGAAGGUUCGACCUCUCUGCACAUCGUUUGCAAGAAAAGCUACGACGAUGACUUUGUUAAGUUAUAUUUUGAGAUCAUCGACGAAAAGCAUCAUCAAGUGCUAAUUGAUGCCCGGGACAAGUGGAAUAACACGCCAUUGCACUUGGCUCUGGGCCACGGAAAAAAAGAAACGGUUGUUAAAACGUUGCUUAGUAGAAAUGCUGAUCCAAAUUUAGCCAACGGCAAUGGAUUGAAACCUCUGCAUGUAAUUUGCCAGGUAAACCACAUUGACGAGCAAUUUUUAGAGAGCUUUAUUGACACUACCGCGAAACAAAAAAAACCGGUCGAAGUUGAUGCCCCAGACAAGUGGGGUAAUACUCCAUUGCACUUGGCUUUGUGCAACGGAAAUAAAAAGAAAGUUGAAUUAGAAAAACAAGAUGACUUAGUGGAGAUGUUCUUCGAAGUCAACCGUGAAUUGAAACAGACGGUAAAGGUAAAUCACCUUGACGAGUGUGGCCGGACACCUCUGCGAUUGGCUGCAGCUCGCGCCUCCAAGAAGGUGAUCGAAUUGCUGCUAAGAAAUGGCGCCAAUCCGACUAAAUCCAAUGCGAAAAAAGACACUCCUAUGCACCUUAUUUGCCGGAACGACAGAUUCGAUAAUGCGAUGACGAUGUUUUUAAGGACCUGCAAAGAACUCGAAAUGCCGGUAAAUGUCAACGCCCGGGACAAGUUGGAUCGGACACCUCUGCAAUGGGCCGUGGCGAGUCUCUUGGAAAAUACUGUCAAAGAACUCUUGGAGCAUGGUGCUGAUCUGUCCAGCUUCACUUUUCCCGACGAGAGCUACUUCGCCGUGGGCGUUCCCCGGGGUCGCAAAGUUCAGGAAAUGAUAAGAGAACAUAUGAGCAAGGGGCCUCAAUACCAGGCCAUGGUCGAUUGUCUCAAGAAAGAUCUCAAGAUAAGACUAGUGUUUGACAUGACGUGCGUCCUCGAACGUCUUUGCAAAGCAGGAUACAUACUGAAACCAAGAGACGCACUGACGAUCAUGAAAUCGUUAACCAUGCUCGGAUUAUUCGAGAAUCGUACGAAAAGGGAUGAACGUUGGUAUACUGACAGCGAGUUUAUAGACAAAGCAAUAAAGAUUAUGUUAAAUUGGAACAUGUCGCUCUACACUCUGACUUGCUACGGAGCCCAAGAGGUGGCGGAUCUUAUAAAAGAAUAUGAGAAACAUCUCCAAUAA